CGGGAGCGGAAGCUCGUUGUGCCGGCGUCUCCUCUCUUGCCUCUGCUGCAGCGGCCGCGCAGCUGCUGAUACCCGGACCCCGUCGCGGUGCAUCCCUCCCUCGCCGCUUCAAAAUCGCCAAUCCCCGGAUAGCGUCUCGUCUUGGCCCGAACCGGUCGUCGUCACGGUCCAAUCCACAUGCAGCCGCCGUUUCAGCCGGAAAAUACUGGAACCUGCGCACCGGGGAGGAGAGAAGGCAAGGGUUGGGGAGGGAGGCGGGGGGAGACUCCAUAGCAACAAACCGGCUCCACGGCAUUAUUGGUUGUGCCGAAUGGGAUGCAAGGCGAAGCACGUGACUGGACUGCACCUGCAACCUUGACUGACAUGCUUGCAUGCUGCAAGGUGAUGCUGAAGCUCAUCUGACCUUACGGCGCAUGGUGAAAACCGGCUCAUCGGAUCCAAGUGGAUUCUCAACUUCCCACCAGAAUCUUCCCAUCUCUUGAAAUCAGCACUCCAAAAAAAUCUGGAAUGGCUUCCUAGAAACAUUCCAGAGCAGUCUUCUAAAAAUUUCCACGGAAGCUUCUCAAGAUGAAUCGCAAGUAGCAGGACUGUCCAUCUGGACCCGAUCCUGACAUCAAGACCAUGGAGGUGGAGCACUUUGAUGACCGCGACAAAGUCCGUCGAGGGCGCUCAGCUCGGGCCAAACGGGACGACUCGGGCCCAAGCUCGCGGGGGAGCAGCCUGGUUCCGAGCCCGGCGCACAGCACCAACUGCAGCUACUACCGCACGCGCACUUUGCAGGCGCUCACCUUGGAGAAGCGCGCCAAGAAGGUCCGCUUCUACCGCAACGGGGACCGCUCCUUUAAGGGACUGGUGUACGCCGUUUCCAGCGACCGCUUCCGCUCAUACGACGCCCUGCUGAUGGAGCUGACCCGCUCGCUGGCCGACAACCUCCACCUGCCGCAAGGGGUGCGAACCAUUUACACCAUCGACGGCUCAAAGAAGAUCAGCAGCCUGGAUGAGCUGGUGGAAGGGGAGUGCUACGUUUGCGCCUCCAAUCAGCCUUACCGUAGAGUGGACUACACCAAGAUCUCCGUCCCGAACUGGAAACCCGGCGCUAGUUCCGGGAGCAGCGCGGCGAGCUCUAGCAGGUCUUCCGCCGCGUCUGGCGCAACCGUGACCGGAGUCAGCGGGAGCGUCAAAGAGCGCCAAGAGAGCCGAGAGAGCAAAGACUUCAUCAAGCCCAAGCUGGUGACGGUGAUCCGAAGCGGCGUCAAGCCUCGCAAGGCGGUGCGGAUCCUCCUGAACAAGAAGACGGCUCACUCCUUCGACCAAGUGCUGGCCGACAUCACGGAGGCCAUCAAGUUGGACUCGGGAGCCGUUAAGCGGCUGUACACACUGGACGGAAAACAGCUGACAUGUUUGCAAGAUUUCUUCGGGGACGACGACGUGUUCAUGGCGUGCGGUCUGGAGAAGUUUCGCUACGCUCAGGACGACUUUGUGCUCACUCACAGUGGCAAGACGGCGGCCUUUGUUAACGAAUGUCGAGUCAAAGUCACUCGUCCUCCUGCCUCUCAGAAGAUUUUGACUCCUAAGAGUCCCAGUGGAUUGGGCUCCUCCAAGGCCUCAGUAAAAGCAGUGGCGCAGUCAAAGUCACCGGGAUCAGGUAAAACAUUCAAAACCGUUCAUAGUUGUUUCGAAUCUCCUCCUCAUCGCUCUUCCGCAGCCAAUGAGACGUCAGGAUCCCAGGUCCCCGCAAAGUCGUCCAGGUCGAGCCCCUCCCCCACAAGUCCUGGGACUCGCAGCAGUCUCAAGGUUUCUUCUCAUCGCUCUUCUUCCGCGGACAUCAACGGCGCGGAUGAGCACGCCGACGACGUCGCUCUCGAAGUGAACGGAAACCUGUCGGUGUCGUCAUCGCUCAUCAGCAGCAAGUACAAAAUCGGGAAAGUGAUCGGCGAUGGGAACUUUGCGGUAGUGAAGGAGUGCGUUGAGAGGUCAACUGGGCAGGAGUUUGCGCUGAAGAUCAUUGACAAAGCUCGCUGCUGUGGGAAGGAGCACUUGAUUGAGAACGAAGUGGCAGUCUUGCGUCGUGUUCGACACCCCAGCAUCAUCCAACUCAUCGAGGUGGACGAAACGCCGUCUCAGCUCUUCCUGGUCAUGGAGCUGGUCAAGGGAGGUGACCUGUUUGACGCCAUCACCUCGUCCACCAAGUACAGCGAGCACGACGCCAGCGCCAUGGUGUACAACCUGGCCGGAGCCAUCAAGUACCUGCACAGGAUGAACAUCGUCCACAGAGAUAUCAAGCCAGAGAAUCUGCUGGUGUGCGAGUACCCGGAUGGCACCAAGUCCCUCAAACUGGGAGAUUUCGGUUUGGCCACGGUGGUGGAAGGUCCGCUUUACACCGUGUGCGGCACGCCGACCUACGUGGCCCCAGAGAUCAUCGCCGAGACUGGUUACGGUCUGAAGGUAGACAUCUGGGCAGCGGGUAUCAUCACCUACAUCCUCCUUUGCGGUUUCCCACCGUUCAGAAGCGAGAACAACGUCCAGGAGGAGCUCUUUGAUCAGAUCCUCAGAGGGAAGCUGGAGUUCCCGUCUCCGGACUGGGACGCCAUCAGCCUCCCUGCAAAGAUGCUGAUUAGUCAAAUGCUGCAGGUGAAUGUGGACGCCCGCUUCACAGCAGACGAGGUUCUUUCGCACCCGUGGGUGUCGGACGACGCUCCCGUCGACUCCGGCAACGAAGAACCGAGCGCUACGGAAAAGGAAUCUCCGGGGCUGGAAACCAAGCAGGUUCCUUCCCCGCUGGUCUAGACAUCAGCUGGACCAGAUCUUCUCCUGGAGCAUUUUUUUUUUUCUAGGAGGUCAAUUUUGGAGGACCUAAUAUCCAUCUGUGACAAUCCCCCAAUCCCAUUCAUGCAAUCACAAUAGGCGUGUCCACAACUCUUCUUUAAAAAAAAAAAAAAAAGUCCAUGUGUCCAUCAGGAUGAGUGGCCAGAUCAUUUCAAGUCUCUCUUCGUACCCAGAAUGUCUUCCACUUUUUCUGGGAAGAUGCAUCCCAUGCUACUUCUGUUGGUAUUUCCCAAUCUGAGGCCAGAACCACUGUGCCUGUCUGCACUGAUCCACACAGGGUUUAUAAAAAAAAAAAAAAAGGUUUCAGCCCUGUUGGCAUACUACCUUGUUGAAAUUCUAAAUAUAUGUUGUACAUGUUAGCUGUCAUGUGAGUGUGAAUCUGUCGUGAAGUCGGAAAUUGUGACGACUUCGGGUGGGGGGGGGAUGGGGUGGGGGGUGAAUCUGGUGCUUUUGAACUAAUUAUUCCAUUCCUCCAUCAUUUUGUAUGUUGUCUGUGAAGGUGGAAUUUAAAGCAGGGGUGUCCAAACUAUGGCCCCUGGACCGUUUUUUGUAAUGAAGAGGAAGAAAUCCAGCUUUUUUUUUUUUUUUUUUUUUAAAUAAAUGAAUACAAUAGGCCCUCAUUUCAAUGGGGAAAAUGAUUUGAUCCAUCUUGAAUUCAAGAUGAAGAAUGUCAAAAGCGGCAAAUGGAAGGGAAAGUUUGGACACCCCUGAUUUAAGCAGGAAAAUUUCCAGCUGUCGACACGAUGCAGUGUUUGAACUUUUUGGCUAGAGCCAUUCUCAAGUAUUACAAGUUUUCUCUUUGCUUUAGACCAAACCAAAAGGCGCCUUGAUGUGUCGACACGGUUAGCAUUAGGUGGGCUAGCAGCUAAAUUCUCCUCCUUACAAACAUGCUUUAAUUUAUGUUUACGUAUGUGCUAGUCGUCAUGCUUAAGUAGCCUUCAACCAAGUGCCGUAGAUUAGGACGUUUUCCAAAACGCUUUCCAUGACAAAGGUCCUUUUGAAUAGCAUUUGUGUGUUUUUGCCAAACAACACUGGCAACCUUAAAAAGGUAUUUACUGUAGGAACGCUUUGCUAGCCCCAAAGCAUGUGAUGUGGGUUUUCAUCAAACUGGUGAUGGUGCGUUCAAAGACUUUGAAAUGGACGACGCAGAUGCAUUCAACUGUGAAAUAAAACUUUGAGAACGUCGAA